GCUCCGUGAGGAGGAGCUGUUUCUCCCCAACCACGGAAAGUAAAGGAGGUGCUCAGUGUGAAUGAAGCUGGUCUCAUGUCAACUAAUGGCCCAGAGGCGACGGAGAAAGUAACAUUUAUUCACCUUUCGGUAAAGUCUUCAGCGGCCACUUUUAACUCCUUUUUUUUUUUGUAACAGCGGGACACGGUGCGCAGCAGCAACGCCCCGGGGCUGAAAUUAAGUGCUCACUAUGUCUGAUGGGGACUACGAUUACCUCAUCAAAUUCCUAGCCCUUGGAGACUCUGGCGUGGGAAAAACAAGCUUCCUCUACCAAUACACAGACUGCAAGUUUAACUCCAAGUUCAUCACUACAGUUGGAAUAGACUUCAGAGAAAAAAGAGUGGUGUACAAAUCAACAAGUCCAGAUGGAUCCACAGGUAAAGGACAGAAGAUCCACAUGCAGCUGUGGGACACUGCAGGACAGGAGAGGUUUCGGAGUUUGACGACUGCGUUCUUUAGAGAUGCCAUGGGUUUCCUCCUCCUUUUUGACCUCACAAAUGAACAAAGUUUCCUCAACGUCAGAAACUGGAUGAGUCAGUUACAGAUUCACGCAUACUGCGAAAGUCCGGACGUCGUUUUGUGUGGCAACAAAUGUGACCUGUCAGACCAGAGAGCGGUCAGUGAAGAAGAGGCCCGUGAGCUGGCAGAGAAAUAUGGAAUUCCAUACUUUGAGACGAGUGCUGCAAACGGGCAGAACGUCAACCAGGCUGUGGACGUCCUGCUGGAUCUCAUCAUGAAGAGGAUGGAACGAUGUGUUGAUAAGUCCUGGAUCCCUGAUGGGACCGUCCGAGUUAAUGGACCCACCAACCCAGACUUCUCAGACGGCUCUGAUAGGAACAAGUGUGCGUGUUAGAAUGAAUGAUGGUGGUUACAUAUCUGUGUCCAUAAAUAUACAAAGACAUCCAAGUUAAACAGCAGGAGUAUAUACUGUAAAUACAUAUACGUAUACGUAUAAUUUUUGUCCAUUUCCCCACAAAGAAGUGCAACAUUACUACAAUACAUUUUACUGUAUUAUUUGUUAGUACAGAGAAAAGUGCCUUUUGAUUGUGGGCAUUUCAUUUGAAUUCAUGUAAUCGGUCUUUUGAUAACUGAGUCAUAUUGGAGUGUGGGAUAUUUAUUUCUUAUGACACCUGGCUGAAAUCAGAUAUGCUGAUCAUAUUUUCAGGUUUAAACUUUGUGCAGGAAAGUGAGCUGCCAUGUCAGACGUGCCAUACAUUUACUGUUAAUACUUUUCACUUGCUGUAAAAUUAGCACAGAUUCACGCUGCAUUAACUCAAGAAUGAAGUCAUGUCUGUUUCCUUUUGUACAGUCAGAUAAACGCUGACUGUGAUACCUGAAGAUGCAGUUUAUUGGCCGAGAGAAAUUUGCCAUGAUUGCACUUUUAGAUGUAUACUACUGAUGCUCUACUGAAUGUCCUGCUGAGUACUGCAGUCUCACCGGUGCCACAGAAAACAUUUUGCUCUCAGUGACUGUCUAAUGUUUGAUGGACACUCGGUAUUUUUUCUUUUGCCGUAUUCAUACUUGCGCUUGUUUGUCAUCAAAACAUGAAUUUUGUUUAAGACCAAGUCAUCAACAUUAUUAUGUACAGCGACAGGUUUAGCCAAUAAUUACAAAAAUUAAUGCUCAAUAGUUAAAUAAGCGGAAUAAAUAUGUCAAAGUAAAAACAGAGCAAUAACUCGAGAGCAGCUGUUUUAUAAAAGACCCAUGCAAAAAUAAAUACAUAAUAAUAGUC